AUGAAACGAAAAUAAAUGAGGGCGUACUGUACCGUGGCUGUCCCUUACGCGCUCGCUAUCCCACUCCCUGUCUCUACCUAUAUUUCGUGUACAUAUAAUAUAGAUUGUGUAUGUAACGUUUUUUUUUUUCUCUCUCCAAUCACCACCCGUCCCCCAAACAAAACGCUACUAGAUUGAACCCAAAACCAAACACACACACGGUACGAAACAAACGGGCCAAAGGGAGAGGGAGCGAAACCGGUGCGACGAGAUGAUGACGGUGCGAGCCGCCGCGCGCGAGAGUCAGCGCCCGCGAGAGAAGAAGUAUGGCGAACGACGACGACGGCGACUACGACCAACCGAUUGGCAGGCGCCUGCCCUCGUUGUGCGAGACUACACGUCCGAGCGGAUGAGCGGUUUUUGUGUGUGCAGCAGCAGCAGUAGCAGCGUGCGAACGGGGGCUCAAGACCGCGCUCUUGGCUGUAUGUGUUUGUGGCCGUUCUCGCUCUCGCACCCAAGGGGUACGCUGCCCGAUGCGUGUGUGUGGUUCUCGCUCUCUCUCCCUCUUGCUAUGUGUUGCUGCACGCUUUUAUGUGUUGCUGACACUGCUGUGUAUACUUCGAGUCCGUGUGCGCGCUCUCUCUCUCUCGCUCUCGCUCUCUUCGAGCGCGGUUGGGCGAUUUUCGAUCCGGGGGUUUUUCGGUGUUUUACGUACCGCCGUCACCACACAAAAUAACGACGUGUGGAUGAGAGCAGUAGUGUAACGGCAGGCCAGCGACACUCGGCACACGCGCGCGCUCCUCUCGGAACAAAAAGCGACAGAACGCGAAAACACAAAAAAACAACAAAAAAGAUACUAAGGGAAUUUCUAUCGCGGUGGUGUGUAUUGUGUGUGUGUACGGGCAAUACAAGGACAGCGUUGUGUUGUGGCCGUGUGGUGGUGCUACUUAGCAGGGUAGACGGUAGUGGAUUUAGCAGGAAAUUCCCGUUGCUUUGAUUUUGUUUUGUUUGGAAAGAAAAUCUGGACCCGGGAAAGUGUUUCAGUUUCGUGACAGUUGUGUGAGGCAAACAACAACAGCAGCAGCAGCGACUGCGGUGAGCUUUAAAAAACCCAUUGUUGGGGGUCGCUUUUGUGCAAACUGGCCUCUCCGUGCUGUGUGCGUUCGUGGAAAAGGCAAAAGCCCAGCAAUAGAUAGCCCCCCUUCCCCGCCUGUGUGUGCGAUAUUCCAGCAAAUCCCGUGAAGUGUGUGUGCGCGCACAGUUGCGAAUCCAAAAGCUUGUGUGUGCGUGUGUGCGCUCGCACGAGAGCAACGGUGGAGUGUGUGUGGUGUGUGGAGGAAGCAGGCAUUUGCGAUACACACACAGAGUGUAGUGUGUUGGUGUCGGUUAGAAGCACAACAAGCAGAGCAAGAAGAAAACAACCUUGGUGUGGGCUGUGGUGUGGUUGGUGGUACACGCCCGUCCCUCUGUGUGUGAGGCUCCCGUCCUCCGUUCCGCCGCUCGGUGUCCACACUCCGGUGGAAUGUUGAUUUGCGGCAGUGUGUGUGCACGUUUCUAAUACGGCUAUAGAAGCAAUUGGUGGUUGUGUGCGUGCGCGCGUGUCUGUUGGCAGUGGAAAGUACCGAAAGAAUCAAAGUACACACAGCAGAUUUUGACAGCUGAAAGGCACGCGUGACAUCUCCUCGGAGUUCCUGCGAGUGUGUGUUUCUGUGCGUGUGUGUGUUGUGUUGGAUGGAAAGGUUGACAAAACGACAGUUGUGCUGAAAGAAAGGAGGGGGUCUUCCUGUUGGAAACAUCCAAAGUUCCUCACUGUGAAAGUGUCUGUGCGUGUGUGUUUGUGUGUGCUGUAAAGCUAAAGUAGUAGUGGUAGAAACCGUGAUUAUGAUUACGUGAAAAUCGCCCCCACCCCUCCUCGUGUGCGUGUGAGAAAGCAAAACAGCCCCCCCUAAAAAAAACCUCCCACACCCGACAAGACCAGGUCUUGAGUGUUCCCCCCGACCUGUGUGUAUUCGUUUUGUGUGAGUGUUCUCUCCCUCCGAUUCCGUGUAAUAGCGCUUCCGGUGGUGGUGGUGGAAGAAAUGUCAUCCGCGGCACCGGUCACGGUAAAACAGGAGCGGCACGAUGACGCCGAAAUCAACGAGAUGGCGGCAAAGAUAGUGGAGGCACACAAGCAACAGUCGGCGAAGGCGGCGGCGGCCGCCGUCCAGCAGCAACAGGUGCCGGCCCGACCGGCCGCAGUGGCGGCCACCGUCACUGCCAACGGUGUCACGACCGGCCAGACGAACAUACUGAACUACUUGACGCGCAAACCGACCGCCACAGCCGGCAACGUGAUGGCGGCGGCUGCGUCGGCGGCUACUACCGUUGCCGUCCCGCUCGGCAGUGGCCAAAGUGUCACGUCGAACGGCAGCGGCAAAGCGUACGACGGCGGCGGAUCCUCGGACCAGAACGGCGCCGAGAAGAAGGCUAACGACGAGGAAAGCCAGAAGGGACACUUCGGGUGGGAGGUGUUCCCGGCCAAGGUGCACAUCCCGUUCAUCCUGCGGCAGCAGGAGCGCUACUGCGCGGUGCGGAUGGUCGAGAUGAAGCUGCUGAACAAGUAUCUGAACUACCUGCACCAGGACAUCUACACGUGCACGUGCGUGCGGUCGUACUACAUCACCGAGGCGGAGUGUAAGCUGCUGAACGAGAUCAACCAGAAGCACUGCGACAUGCACUUCGGGCGGGAGCUGUUCACGCUCAAGGAUCUGGUGGUGCGCGUGUCCGACGCGUACAAGUUCUACCAGUUUCUGGAGGUGUGCUACAAGAAGCUGCUGAUGGGAUGCAGCACCCCGAACGACAAGUGCGGGUUCAUCCGCAUCAACAAGGAGUCGGUGGUGCCGUACACGGUGCGCGACUACCAGAAGAUGGUGCCGCUGUUCUACUUCGAGGGCGAGACGGACAACCUGAAGCUGAAGGCGGACAACCUGUCCGGGUGGGAUCUGUCGUACCUGAAGUUUUGCUGCAAGGUGCAGGGCAUCCGGAACGAGCUGUUCGCGAGUGACUCGGUCGCGGUCAUCAGCCUGACCGACAUCAAGGGGUACUUCCCGCCCGGCACCGAGUUCGAGGACUACUGGCCGAGCAAGGUGGUCGACUCGCAGCUGCUUUCGGGGCCGAAAACGAACACCAUCCACUGGACGCGGCAGCCGGCCCAGCCGCCGCCGAAGGCGCCCACCAUCAUGGCGAACGCGACCGCCCGCAAGGCGGCCACCAACAACGUCUACCAGACGCUGCAGACCCAGCAGAACCUUGCCAAAUCGAACAACCAAAUGACCAGUAUUACUGCCGCUGUACAGGCUCUUACUAACAACUGGAACAACAUGGUCUCCUCGAACCAUCCGAAUCUGCUCGCCCAGCAGGAGCAGCUGAUACGACUUAGCCAAGCCCAACAGGCGGCCCAGGCACAGGCCCAGAUACGCAACAUGCAGAACAUGCACACGAUGCAGCAGUACAACUCUUACCUGAACAGCGCCAUGUCGUUGACGUCCCGUACGUCGCAGAAUCAGGCGGUACCGCCACCGCUAGUACGAUCGGCACAGGUUCAAGCGCAUCUGUCGAGUGGUGGCGGUGGCGCAUCCUCCUCAGUCCUUCGCUCGGGCUCCUCCUCGGGUACCGCCGGCAGUGGCAAUACCCUACCGAACCUAAACCCCGCUCUGUCCAUAUUCGCAACCACCAGUAGCCCAAACGGUACCGUCAACCUGUCCCGGCUGAAUCAGCAACAGAUCAGCGAGCUCACGAUGGCCAGCACCGGUGGAGCGGGCCUGGUGGCGUCCAGUGGCGGCAGCAACCGUAACGCCGCCGCCGCCGGCAAGUCGAGCCGUAGUAGCGCCAAUAGUAGCUCUAGUGCCGCUGCUACUGCCGCUGCUGCCGCUGCCAUUGCUUCCUUUACUGCGGCCAUGAACUCUGGUGGUCGCACGGCGGGAAGCAGUGGUAGUGUCAGCAACAGCAGUAGCAACAGUCUGGAUGGAUUUUCGCUUGGACGGAAUGUAACGAUCACACCGGCCGGGAAGAGAGGUGCAAGUACGCUCGACGAGCUGACGGUGGCCGGGCUGGGGAGCUACGCUGUGAACGGCAACCGGCAGCCGGUAGCGUACCCUAAGAAUCCGAUCUCCAUCACCGCGGUGCCGGUUGGUUCGCCGACGCGUGCCUCACCGAAGGGCGGUCAAGCAAGGCAACCGCCGCCGGCCCUAAUACCGGUCGGUGGCGGCGUCAAUAACGAGCUGAUGGAUAGUCUCGUAGCGAAUGGCGUCGAUCUGUUGGCUCAUUUGCGGAUGAGCAAGGACAUUGAGAUCAUUAACGAGCGCCUGCUGGAGGCGAGCAAUAGCGGCGGCGGCGGCGGCAGCGGCAAACAGCUACCAUCGUACCGGGAAAGCACAAACACCAACACGGGCAGCCCUAGCGUUAUAGUGCACGAUAAGAGUAGAGCGAGCGGCAAUAGUAGUAGUAGUAAUAGUAGUAGCAGUAGGCACGAUUACACAAGAAAUCAGAGCGUGAUCACUAGUGCGGGUGGCGGCAAUGGUGGCGUGGCCAGUGACGGAAGAACACACUAUCUGAAUGCGCUGAUCGCAGCAGGACUGUCGGAUGUAAUCGAUCUAUCUUCUACCCAAAGGUCCACGAUGGGAGGCACCACGCUGCCGCAGCAUCUGGCGGCCGCCCAGCAGGCGGCGGCCGCCGCCGUUGCCCAGCAACAGCAGCAGCAGCAACAGUCACAGUCUAGUCGGCGGGCGGCGUCCGGAUCGGCCGGCCUGUCAUCCGGUGGCCGGGCGAUCUCCAACAGCAGCUCGUCCGGCGGCGGCUCCGGCAGUGGCAACAGUGGCAACGGUGCGAGCGGAGGAGUGAACAGCUACCGCAACGCCAGCGUUGCCGCUCUGCAGCAGCAGCUCCAGCAGCAGCAGGCCCAGGCCCAGCAGCAGCAGGUACAGCACCAGCAGCACGCGGCGGCCACGGCGGCGGCGGCGGCGGCGAUCAACAGCCUGACGGAAACGCGGCACGGCAACAUGAUCGUGCUGCCCGAGAUGAACAUGGGCGUGACGCAGUACAAGCCGUACGAGGUGGUGAAGAAACCGGUCGAGAACAAGAUCAUCUACUGCGUGAACAAGACGCCGUACCGCAACACCGAGUAUCUGAUGACGAUCUUCGACCUGAAGGACGUGUUCUUCCCGUACAUCAGCCUGGAGGUGUGCCGGCGUGUGCUGAACGCGCUCGACAUCAAUCUGUUCAUCGGCAAUAGCUUGCAGUACCAGGCGCUGCAGGAGGCGGGCCGCACUAACGUGGACAAGAUGCCGAUGAUACAGGUGACGGACGUGAUGACGUACAUGCCGCAGCUGCAGUACAUGAUCCGCAGCAGCAACCUGAACCAGGAGUCGCAGGCCAACAAGCGGGCCCGCAUCAGCUAGGAAUUGGGGUGGGGGGUACAGCAGCAGUGCCCUCAGAGCACGAUCGUAUCGGAUUUAAUAUCAUCCUCCUCGUCGAGUCGUGUUGGCGGUGGCACUGGUGGUGGUGGUGGCGGUGGUGUUGUUGGCGGUGGCAUGGGCGAUUCGUUCACCGGCAGUGGUGUUGGUGGUGGGAUAGCGGCGGCCGGUUGGAGCAACCUGACCCCAUCGCCGUCCUCCUCAUCGUUAUCGCUGGUCAGCAGCAGCAGUAACAGCAGCGGAGGGGUCGGAACUCAUUCCAGCAGCAGUGGCGCAAGAAAAGGAUCCUCCUCGUCAGCGGGGGCGCCGUCCGCGUCGUCAUCGUCUUCUGCGGCGGCGGCAGCCGCAGCAGCAGCCGCCGCUGCCGCCCUGGCGAUGGCGGGCAUCUCGCCCUCUGCCACCGCGUCCUCGGUAGUGUCACCUUCCGGUGCGGCGGCAGCGGCCCUGUUUUCCGGCGGUGGUGCAUUCAGCUCACCUUCGCUGAGCGGUUCGGCCGGCUCGUCCAGUAGUGGGGGCAGCUUUUAUGACAAGAAAACCAUGUCAUCGUGCCGCUAUCAGCAGGAAAAGGGCGGUGCUGCUGCCACAGCGCAGAUAAGCUCUUCCGCGCUUGCCGACUACUACGCCGCGGGCGCUGAAGCGGGCAGUGGAUCGGCAGCGGCAGCGGUUGCAGCCGCUGCUGCCGCCGCCAGCCGUAUGCUUGGCCACGGAUCAUCCCUAGUACCCCCCUCCGUUUACUCAUCAUUCCAAGAGUCGGCACUAGCGGCGGCGGCGGCUGCCGCAGCCGCCCAGCAUCAUCAUACGGCUGCUGCCGCCCAUCACCACCAUCACCAUCACCAACAUGCUGCAGCAACACACCAGCAGCAAACUCAGCAGCAGCAACAGCAGCAGGUAGCCGUAAACAACAGCUUAUUUUCACCCCACUUUGCCGCUGGGUCACCUUACCAUCCGCCAAUGCAGGGUGGUGGUGGAGGUGGAACAAGCGCUGGUAGUCUUGGUGGUGGAGGAAGCAUUGCUGGUGGGAACAGUAUUAGUGCGUACGAUACUACCAGCACCGCGGCACGGUCCUGUGCGUUACCUUCGCCCACCAUCUACCCACCGACGCCGCCCCCUUCCGCCCCGUGGAUACAUCCCUGGUACGGCGGGGAUACGUUUUACUUCAAACUUCUGCUGUUAAUAUCCGAAAACAUUGAGAUUCCUCCACACAAUAUUCUCUCAACACUAAACACACCCCCAUCGCCCAAACGUAAUUGUUUUGUUAUUAUUCCCCACUCAUCAGCUGCGUGCACACCACCCUUCCCGGCGUAUACUGUACUACUACUUACUACGGCCACCAACAACGUCUACCAGACGCUGCAGACCCAGCAGAACCUUGCCAAAUCGAACAACCAAAUGACCAGUAUUACUGCCGCUGUACAGGCUCUUACUAACAACUGGAACAACAUGGUCUCCUCGAACCAUCCGAAUCUGCUCGCCCAGCAGGAGCAGCUGAUACGACUUAGCCAAGCCCAACAGGCGGCCCAAGCACAGGCCCAGAUACGCAACAUGCAGAACAUGCACACGAUGCAGCAGUACAACUCUUACCUGAACAGCGCCAUGUCGCUGACGUCCCGUACGUCGCAGAAUCAGGCGGUACCGCCACCGCUAGUACGAUCGGCACAGGUUCAAGCGCAUCUGUCGAGUGGUGGCGGUGGCGCAUCCUCCUCAGUCCUUCGCUCGGGCUCCUCCUCGGGUACCGCCGGCAGUGGCAAUACCCUACCGAACCUAAACCCCGCUCUGUCCAUAUUCGCAACCACCAGUAGCCCAAACGGUACCGUCAACCUGUCCCGGCUGAAUCAGCAACAGAUCAGCGAGCUCACGAUGGCCAGCACCGGUGGAGCGGGCCUGGUGGCGUCCAGUGGCGGCAGCAACCGUAACGCCGCCGCCGCCGGCAAGUCGAGCCGUAGUAGCGCCAAUAGUAGCUCUAGUGCCGCUGCUACUGCCGCUGCUGCCGCUGCCAUUGCUUCCUUUACUGCGGCCAUGAACUCUGGUGGUCGCACGGCGGGAAGCAGUGGUAGUGUCAGCAACAGCAGUAGCAACAGUCUGGAUGGAUUUUCGCUUGGACGGAAUGUAACGAUCACACCGGCCGGGAAGAGAGGUGCAAGUACGCUCGACGAGCUGACGGUGGCCGGGCUGGGGAGCUACGCUGUGAACGGCAACCGGCAGCCGGUAGCGUACCCUAAGAAUCCGAUCUCCAUCACCGCGGUGCCGGUUGGUUCGCCGACGCGUGCCUCACCGAAGGGCGGUCAAGCAAGGCAACCGCCGCCGGCCCUAAUACCGGUCGGUGGCGGCGUCAAUAACGAGCUGAUGGAUAGUCUCGUAGCGAAUGGCGUCGAUCUGUUGGCUCAUUUGCGGAUGAGCAAGGACAUUGAGAUCAUUAACGAGCGCCUGCUGGAGGCGAGCAAUAGCGGCGGCGGCGGCGGCGGCAGCGGCAAACAGCUACCAUCGUACCGGGAAAGCACAAACACCAACACGGGCAGCCCUAGCGUUAUAGUGCACGAUAAGAGUAGAGCGAGCGGCAAUAGUAGUAGUAGUAAUAGUAGUAGCAGUAGGCACGAUUACACAAGAAAUCAGAGCGUGAUCACUAGUGCGGGUGGCGGCAAUGGUGGCGUGGCCAGUGACGGAAGAACACACUAUCUGAAUGCGCUGAUCGCAGCAGGACUGUCGGAUGUAAUCGAUCUAUCUUCUACCCAAAGGUCCACGAUGGGAGGCACCACGCUGCCGCAACAUCUGGCGGCCGCCCAGCAGGCGGCGGCCGCCGCCGUUGCCCAGCAACAGCAGCAGCAGCAACAGUCACAGUCUAGUCGGCGGGCGGCGUCCGGAUCGGCCGGCCUGUCAUCCGGUGGCCGGGCGAUCUCCAACAGCAGCUCGUCCGGCGGCGGCUCCGGCAGUGGCAACAGUGGCAACGGUGCGAGCGGAGGAGUGAACAGCUACCGCAACGCCAGCGUUGCCGCUCUGCAGCAGCAGCUCCAGCAGCAGCAGGCCCAGGCCCAGCAGCAGCAGGUACAGCACCAGCAGCACGCGGCGGCCACGGCGGCGGCGGCGGCGGCGAUCAACAGCCUGACGGAAACGCGGCACGGCAACAUGAUCGUGCUGCCCGAGAUGAACAUGGGCGUGACGCAGUACAAGCCGUACGAGGUGGUGAAGAAACCGGUCGAGAACAAGAUCAUCUACUGCGUGAACAAGACGCCGUACCGCAACACCGAGUAUCUGAUGACGAUCUUCGACCUGAAGGACGUGUUCUUCCCGUACAUCAGCCUGGAGGUGUGCCGGCGGGUGCUGAACGCGCUCGACAUCAAUCUGUUCAUCGGCAAUAGCUUGCAGUACCAGGCGCUGCAGGAGGCGGGCCGCACUAACGUGGACAAGAUGCCGAUGAUACAGGUGACGGACGUGAUGACGUACAUGCCGCAGCUGCAGUACAUGAUCCGCAGCAGCAACCUGAACCAGGAGUCGCAGGCCAACAAGCGGGCCCGCAUCAGCUAGGAAUUGGGGUGG